AGUGUUCAGAACAUGUGAGCAUUCUACAACAAAUCCGUGUCGGAUCGUUUUGAUCCAUAGACGAUCGAUAUUCCCGAUUAUUAUGGGGCUCAAUAGUGAUCGCAAAUGCGAAGUUAUCGGCUACCUUUCCUCGCGUCUCCUCAUCCUCGCCCUGAUUCUUGCCAUCUUCGUGACGACGACCGCCUUUGCGUCCGAGGAUGAAGAACGGUUGGUUCGAGACUUGUUCCGAGGCUACAAUAAGCUCAUUCGGCCCGUGGAGAACAUGACGCAGAAGGUGGAGGUCAGGUUCGGGCUCGCCUUCGUCCAACUCAUCAAUGUGAAUGAAAAGAACCAGAUCAUGAAGUCCAACGUCUGGCUUCGGUUGGUGUGGAAUGAUUAUCAAUUACGUUGGGACGAAGCGGAUUACGGAGGCAUCGGAGUGCUUCGAUUACCUCCGGACAAGGUGUGGAAACCGGACAUUGUUCUCUUCAACAAUGCUGACGGAAACUAUGAAGUGCGGUACAAGAGCAACGUGCUCAUAUUCCCACACGGGGAAGUGCUCUGGGUUCCUCCUGCCAUCUAUCAGAGUUCCUGCAAGAUAGACGUGACUUACUUUCCCUUCGACCAACAAACCUGCUUGAUGAAAUUCGGCUCGUGGACUUUCAACGGAGACCAGGUGUCGCUUCAACUCUACAACGACAAGAACUUCGUGGACUUGUCGGAUUACUGGAAGUCCGGUACGUGGGACAUCAUCGAAGUGCCGGCGUUCCUCAACGUCUACAACUCCUCCGACCCGACCGAGACUGACAUCACCUUCUUCAUCACGAUCCGUCGCAAAACCCUGUUCUACACGGUCAAUUUGAUCCUGCCCACGGUGUUGAUCUCGUUUUUGUGCGUCCUCGUGUUUUACCUGCCCGCUGAGGCUGGCGAGAAGGUGACACUGGGCAUCUCCAUCCUGCUCUCACUGGUCGUGUUCCUGCUGCUCGUGUCCAAGAUCCUUCCUCCAACUUCGCUGGUGUUGCCGCUGAUUGCCAAGUACCUCCUGUUCACGUUCAUCAUGAACACCGUGUCCAUCCUCGUCACCGUCAUCAUCAUCAACUGGAAUUUCCGGGGCCCGCGAACCCAUCGGAUGCCCGCCUGGAUCCGCGUCGUGUUCCUCAAGUACUUGCCCCUGCUGCUGGUCAUGCGGCGGCCGAAGAAGACCCGGCUCCGGUGGAUGAUGGAGGUGCCCGGGGGCGGCGGGGUGCCGUCGAGCACGUAUUGCACCGCCGGCGGGUCGCCCGUCUUGGGCAAGUCCCACUCGGGCACGUUUGGCAGCAAGACCAAGGUGGACCUCAUGGAGCUGUCGGAUAUCCACCAUCCGAGUUGCAAGAUUAAUCAAGGAAGGAUGCCAUUGGGAAAUGAGCCUCCUUUCCCCCCACCCCCUCCUCCAUUAUGCAGGAGAGACUCUGAGUGCUCUGACUCUGUCUUCAUGACCCCUGAGGCAUACAAGGCCACUGAGGCAGUGGAAUUCAUUGCUGAACAUCUCAGGAAUGAGGAUGAGUACAUUCAAAUCCGUGAGGACUGGAAGUAUGUGGCCAUGAUCAUAGACAGGCUGCAGCUGUACAUCUUCUUUGCUGUUACCACUGCUGGCACUGUGGGGAUCCUCAUGGAUGCCCCCCACAUCUUUGACUAUGUGGAUCAAGAUAAGAUCAUUGAGAUGUACAGGGGGAAGUAGAAACCUGAAUUGACUUCCAGCAUGUUCAGAUACUGCUGUAAAAGAAUUAUAUAUAGAGUGCCAUUGAGUUAUGAAAGGGAGAAACUUUUAGCCAAGGUCCAUAUAUUAUGCUGUAAAGUGUAUGUAGUAGUGCAUGCAUGAGAGAUUUAGGAAUUUAUGGUAUUUCAUAUAUCCAGAAGGCUGAGAAAAUGGUGAUUGUCUGCUGUUUCCUCAGUGCUAUAUGCAAGGGAAAUCCCAAGUUAUAUGCUCAAAAUGUGGAUGGUGAGAGAUGAGAAGCUAUUUACUGUAUAUAGCAGCAUGCUUUUAAUGUGUCAAAAAUGAAACCAAAAAAAAAAAACUGCAAAAUCCAUACUUUGAUGUCAAGCUGCAGUAUUCUUUUGCAAAAUAGUUCUGUGUUGUCAGUUUUGUAAUCUUGAAUGGGAUAUACAUGAUGCAGGCAUGCUGACAUGUGCGACAUCUAUGUAUCUGUGGCUUGAAACUGGG